AAUAAUAUAAAAGCGGCAGGACGAUAAGCGAUGGCUGUAAAUGCUCAUCAACUGCUGUACGGAGAUAAAGUCAACACUUGGCUAUUGCGCGGCUAGUAGAUCCUUCCCCUGGUGAGCGAGGAUCGUGGCGGUGGAACAAAAGUCCUCGUGCAAGUGUGCAUGCAUUUUCAUGCGUUAGGUGAAUCACAGGAUACGUGCACACGCAAAAGCAUCUGCCGCGAUUGAUGGUGAAUAAAUGCUGCUCGACAGCUUGGUGUGACCACCUCUAGUGUGUCUAGUGUUUAGUGUCGUGUGUGUGUUUGUUAGCGUGUGUAUGCCACAAUUCAAACUUUAGAGUGCACCGAACAAGAUAAAACAUUUCAACCGUUUGCUGGCCACAGUUUUGGUGCACCGAACCGAGCAGAUUGUGACAAUUCGAUUCGGCUGACGGAAGUGGCGAGUAAUCGAGAGUCUGCACGAAGCCGAUUACAAUCUUGUCAACCAAGCGCGAGAAAACUCCACAGCAGAAGUAUGCGUAGCUACACGUGGGUAAUGGCAGUGAUCGCGUACAUGACGCUUUCCCUCUGCCUGUCAGUCAGUUGGUCACUUCCGGCCAGUGGCGCGACCGGCGGUAAUAGUAACGAUCUCGACGUGGACGACCUGAGCCGGGAUCGCAUGUCGGGUGAGAUCUCCACGUCCCAGUUCCAGCAUAUGCUCGCCGUACGGUCACCAAAGUACAGCUUUGGGCUGGGCAAGCGGCGCUACAUCAUCGAGGACGUACCUGGCGCAAAGCGGUUACCUCACUAUAACUUUGGCCUAGGAAAACGCGGAAGUCCUUUGGGCGGGAACGAUUACGAGUACGAUGGGCUGAUGGGAAAUCAGCUCGGAUGGAACGAUAACGAUUACACCAAUCUGAUCACGAAGGAUGGCCAGUUCGAUUACGACGCGGACAAGGACAAAGAUGCUGCGAAACGGGCUACGUCUGGCAACGGGGCCGGUGCCGCGUACCGUUAUCACUUCGGGCUGGGCAAGAGACGCACGUACGACUUCGGACUCGGCAAACGCUACUUCGAUGCGGAAGAGUUCAACAAGCGGCUUCCAAACCGGUACAACUUUGGCCUCGGCAAGCGCUAAUUCAGCGCGCACCAUCUCUACCACCAUCGAUCGAGCUCGGAUCCGGUUCCGGUUGCGGUUCCGUCGCGUGGCCGGUGCAUCACCCAAGACCAAAAACCAACGUGUGUGCGAGUGUGAUUGGAAAUGAAUGCCCCCGCCUCCCAUUAGGCUCCAGCACCCGGUGUACCAGUCAGGCACGGCCGAACCGAGUUCUGCCGAGACGUUCGGCACCAUUCGCACACAGCAGUGUAAAUUAUAUAUAAAAUAACACAUACCUCCCACUCUCUCACUCUCUCCCCCCGUCCCCCACCUUCUCCUUCUCCAUGCAAAAACAUUACACGCGAACGGUGGUUGGCCGCCCAGCAAGCAAGCCGGCCUGAAAUGUGUCGCCAAACUAAUCGAGAUCAAUGUAGAACCGUAACAUGAUCGGCCCAGAGCUUGUAUCAUGUAUCAUAAUGUUGUAACUAAUUAUUGAACCAAACGCAACGCAAACUUCAACACUCCUAUCGGUUAAGGUUGUUUUACCUCAAUUUCAACACGUCGCGGGAUGAGCGUAUAGGAAGUUAAAAAUUCAACCCAAAAAAAUUCAUGUAUCGAACGAAUCGGCAACAAUAAAGCUUCCGCUCGGAAAUCUUCUGCUACGAACUGCUACUGCUGUCUAACACGCCUAACCAAAGCCAACCAAAUAUUCCUUAUCUCUUUCUCCUUCAUCACUCCCUACUAAACGGUUUCUCGGGCCGACCCAUCAGUGUUGAAGCACCUUGCCGAGAAGGGAAAAGAAUACCAGAACGCAUAAUGUAAAACAAAACACAUAAGUAUUUGUACAGUUUGCAGUGCUGAUGCUGAAGGACUGAUGCAAGUUAACUAACCUUCCUUAAAUCAAGACAACUUUUAACACGAUCGUUACUCCACAUCAAUAGCCCUUACAUACGGAAGCCCAUCUUUCCUCCGUUUGUAGUCUUGCUUUCGUUUUCCGAUGAGUGACCGUACCGUGUGUGUGUGUAUGUUAAAUGUAACGACACGACAGGGACAUGAAAACCGAACCCUGCAACAUUCGUCGAAUUCGGAUCAGGAUCCGUGCCAACAGUACGUACGCAUAGGAUCGAACGAGGAAAGUUGGAGGUUUAUGUUCAGCCAGACAGACGACAGAAUUAUUAUAUCCCUUCUCCUUAUCUCUGUACUUCUUCUACUCUCAUGUUCGUGUGUUGCUGCGUGUAAUCAACUACCAAACAAAUUCUCUGUAAAUAUGCAACACUUCUAUUCGCAUGUAAUGUAAUGGAUACACUAAAGCAUUAUGCGCACACCACAUCCUGUGCGAUCGUAAAUAAGCUACUAAACUGGAAUUAAACCGAAAUAAAGUACUACCAUAGUGGUAAAUGAACAUGGCAGAAUGCUUACUUCA